UCUAGUGGACUGGACGCUUUUUCAACAACACAGCUAGUCAAGCCUCCUCGGUAACUUGCUAGCCAACAUAGCCGAAACAUUACAGCUCUUUAGACAAUUUCUCUGUAUAUUAGCCUCUGUGUUUUAAGCAAACUUAUGUUGUAUAGCUAGUUGCCGCAUUUAAUUUCAUUUUACGUUGUUAGUCAGCUAGCUGGCUUGCUAAAUUAGCUCAGCACUAAUGAUAACUAGCUAGCAAACAUCCCGACCAUGAACUCACUAAGCUACUCCCCCCCUGCUAAAGAAGAGGUCUGCUGGACGGAGAAAGAAACUCUCGUGAAAGAGGAGAAGGAAGAGGAGGCUGUCACAGUUAAACAAGUAGAGGGUGAGGCUGUUACAUUGAAAGAAGUUACCGUGAAAAAAGAGGAAGAAGCUUUCAGAGUGAAAGAAGAGGAUGUUACUGCGAAAGAAGAGGAAGAAGCUUUCAGAGUGAAAGAAGAGGAUGUUACUGCGAAAGAAGAAAAGGAAGAGGAAGUGUUUGGAUUGAAGGAGGAGGGGGAGAUUACUGUCACAUUGGAGGAGGAGAAUGGAGAUCUGAUUAACACCAGAGAGCGACCAGUCUCUCAAUCUGACAGCGGGAAGAGUUCUUCAGUGGAACCAGAUCCAGAGACGUCCAAACCAGCAAGACAACACCACUGCUCCCAGUGUGGAAAGAGUUUUACUUUGUUGGGAAGCCUGAAACUACACCAAAGAAUACAUAAAAAGGAGAGGACUUACCACUGCUUUGUGUGUGGAAAGAGUUUUACCCAUUUAAGGACCCUGAAAACACAUAAGAGGAAAUGUACAGGAGAGAAGCUUUACCAAUGCUCUGAAUGUGAAAAGAGUUUUAACCAGUUAUGGAGCCUGAAAGAACAUACAAGAGUACACACUGGGAAAAAGCCUAACCAAUGCUCCCAGUGUGAAAAGAGAUUUACCCAGCUAGGGAGCCUGAAAGAGCAUGAAAGUACACACUCUGGAGAGAAGCUGUACUAUUGCUCCCUGUGUGGAAAGACUUUUCCUCGUUUAGGGAACUUGAAAAGGCAUGAAAGUACACACUCAGGAAAUAAGCCUUUCCAAUGCUCCAAGUGUGGAAAGAGUUUUACCUGGUUAGGGCAACUGGAAAAACAUGAAAGAAUGCACACUGGAGAGAAGCAAUACCGAUGCUCCCAGUGUGAAAAUAGUUUUAGCACGUUUGGGAACCUGAAACGACAUGAGAGGACACACACAGGGGAGAGACCUUUCCAAUGCUCCCUGUGUGGAAAGAGUUUUACUGUUUUAGGGACACUGAAAAAGCACGAGAUUACGCACACAGGCGAGAAGCCUUUCCAAUGCCCCCAAUGUGAAAAGAGUUUUACCCAGUUAGCGAGCUUGAAAAGGCAUGAAGGAAUACACACAGGAGCAAAGCCUUUCCAAUGUUCCCUGUGUGGAAAGAGUUUUACCCAGUUAGCGAGCCUGAAAAGGCAUGAAGGAAUACACACAGGAGCAAAGCCUUUCCAAUGUUCCCUGUGUGGAAAGAGUUUUACUGUUUUAGGGCAUCUGAAAGAACAUAAAAAAACCCACACAGGAGAUAGGCCUUUCCAAUGCCCCAAAUGUGGAAAGAGUUUUACCCAUUUAGCGAGCCUGAAAAGGCAUGAAGGAACACACACUGGAGAGAGGCCUUUCCAAUGCUCCCAGUGUGGAAAGAGUUUUACCCGGUUAGGGAGCCUGAAAACUCAUGAGAGAACACACACAGGGGAGAAGCUCUUCCAUUGCUCAGACUGUGGAAAGAGAUUUUACCAUCUUUGGAACCUGAAAUCACACGAGAGAACACACACCGGGGAGAAGCCUUACAAUUGUUCUCAAUGUGGAAUGACAUUUACCUGGUUAAGGCAACUGAAAGAACAUGAAAGAAUCCACACCUGAGAGAAUGGUAUCAAUGCUCCCAGUGUAGAAUGAUAUUUACUCAGUUUAGGCACCUGAAUGACCACGAGGUAACGCACACAGCGGAGAUUUCUUACCAUUACUCCCAGGUUUAACCUGUUGGGGCUAGGGGGCAGUAUUUGCACGGCUGGAUAAAAAAAUGUACCCGAUUUAAUCUGGUUACUAAUCCUACCCAGUAACUAGAAUAUGCAUAUACUUAUUAUAUA